GCAACGGCAAAUGACACAUCCACGUAGUAGUGUGUUCUGGGAAAGUGUAUUACAAUGAAACGGCCAAAUGUACAGACAUCAGAAUUUUGGUUCCGUUUUUUAAAAGACUCGUAUAAGUCGGAAAGAAAAUGUUGACAGGAUAGGAUGGGUCAGUACAAUUAAGAUUGACUUUUGACAAUCAUUCACACAACUCUUAAAUCCUCUGCGAGAAAUGCAUGGAUAAAGUCUUCAGCUGUGAGACAUCUCAGAAGAACACACCAUGAAGAUAACUUGUACAGCCUUUGUUCUUUUCAUUCAAACAUUACAAUGUUUGGCUUCAGAUGAUUCACCAUUUCAACUAACCAACAAGGACACUGGUUUUUGUUUGGUUAAAACAAAUACCAACUGCAAUGACCUACGCUGGACAACUGGUGACCGACUUCUUGUUCAACAAAGGAUAAAGUGCCUGGGCGUCCAAGGGAAAAGUGUGGGAAGUGAAAUAAGCCUCUACGAUUGUGAUGAAAACAGCGACCUCCAAAAGUGGGAAUGCAAGAACGGAACAGUGCUCGCCCUCAAAGACCAAGAGCUUUACAUUGAGCUCACUGCAGAUAACACAGCAGUUCUCUCCAAAACAAUAGGACCCAAUAACCACCUCACAAUCUCAGGGACCUCCAGCGGUGCUUGUGCAAGAACAUACAGAGAACUUUUUGCCAUUGGUGGAAAUGCCGCUGGACUCCCGUGCAUGUUUCCCUUCCAGUACGAAGACAAAUGGUACUCAGACUGUACGGUGCAUUCUGUGAAGCUUUGGUGUGCCGUUGAAACUAAAUAUCAAAGCGAACGCUGGGGCUACUGCCCAGUAACUUCAAAAGAAGGCUGGACUAUAAACCCAACAACAGGAGCGUAUUACCAGCUCAACACACAGGCAGCUCUGACUUGGCCCCAGGCUGAAGCCAGCUGUAAACAGCAGGGGUCCUCCCUGCUUAGUAUCACCGAUCCUCACCAGCAGGCUUACGUCACAGCACUGCUAGGUACAGGGGGCAAUAAGCUUUGGACGGGGCUAAUCCUGGAUCCAGAACAUGGCUGGAAAUGGUCUAAUGGGAGGCCUUUCCGCUAUCUGAAAUGGGACUCAGGACAUCCACUUCCUGAUCCGGGACAAAACUGUGCAAUUGUUGAUCCUGCUGUACAGUACUCUUGGCAAAGUUCAACUUGCAGCAAAAAACUUGGGUACAUCUGCUACAGUAAAGCGGCCGAGACACUGCCUACACAAGCUGUUGAGACAGCAUUUUGUUCAAGACCUUGGAUUCCCUACAAUGGCCACUGCUUCCACCUCAAUCGUACUCAGAAAACAUGGUCUGUUGCUCAAAGAGAGUGUCGUAAUGAAGGAGGGGACCUAGUCAGCAUCCGCAAUGUGGAGGACCAAAGCUUUGUCAUCUCUCAACUUGGAUACACAUCCACUGAUGAGCUCUGGAUUGGACUGAAUGAUAGGAAGAUGGAGGGGCUGUUUGACUGGACUGAUCACUCAACUGUCAGUUUCACUAGCUGGGAAUUUGGGAAACCGUCUGUCUCCACUGAUAUAAAGGACUGUGUUCUCAUCAGGGGAGAGAAUGGGAACUGGGCUGACCGUGUGUGUGAGGAAAAACAUGGCUCCAUUUGUAUGAAGAUGAGUGCCUCAAAACCCACUGGAGAUGAAGUGGAGCAGGAUUCAGGCUGCAAAACUGGGUGGAGAAGACACGGCUCGUACUGCUACUUUAUAGGGAUAGAGACCAAAACUUUUGAUGAAGCCAAAAAUGAAUGCGAGAGCUCAGAUUCUUACUUAGCUGAUGUUUCAAAUAGGGUAGAUAAUGCCUUCCUCGUCAGCUUGGUGGGGAUGAGACCAGAGAAGUACUUCUGGCUAGGCCUCUCAAACCAGAAAGACAUUGAUCAAUUUGUGUGGACCAACACAGACUCAGUGAGGUUUACUCACUGGAAUGCUGAAAUGCCAGGUCACCAACAGGGCUGCGUCGCCAUGACAACUGGGGUUUUUGCUGGCCUCUGGGAUGUGCUGUCCUGCACCAAUAAGGAAAAAUACAUCUGCAAACACCUGGCUGAGGGGGCAGUUUUAACCCCUGCACCACCCACUUUAACCCCUGCCACGUGUGCCGACGGCUGGACUCGAAUAGGAUCAAGACAAUAUUGCUAUAAGCUGUUUUCAGAGUCAUCUUCAAACAAGAGGACCUGGUAUGAGGCCAGAGAUUACUGCAGGGCCAUCGGAGGAGACCUGCUCAGCAUCCACAGUGCUGAUGAGCAAGAAAAGCUUUCACAACGCUCUGGAUCAUUCUGGAUAGGACUUAGUGCUCCUGACCCAGCCACCGGUUAUGUAUGGAGCGAUGGAUCCCCACUGCAGUUCCAACACUGGUCGGAUGGAGAGCCAAACAAUAAAAACAAUGUGGAAUCUUGCGUUGAAGUUGGAAGGAAUUGGAGGCAUAGCAGUGGUUCUUGGAACGAUUUGCACUGUGAGACGUACCUUGGAUGGCUGUGCCAAAUCCAUAUAGGAGUGACUCCAAAACCACCUCCAGACCCUGUCACUCCUGACUACAAUAAGACGUCAGAUGGGUGGCUAGAAUGGAAUGGGACUCAGUAUUAUAUUAACGGGAUGUCGAUGGCCAUGGAAGAAGCUCGUCGCAUCUGCCAAAAGAAGCAUAGUGACUUGGUAACUAUCAACAGUGAAGCUGAAAGUGUCUUUUUAUGGAAACAGGUGUCCAGAAGUCAUGGGUCCUACUGGAUAGGCCUGAACGUAGAUCUUGAUAGAACAUAUGGGUGGAUGGAUGGUUCCCCAGUGGUGUUUACACGGUGGGAUGAAAAUCAACCUGUUUUCCUACGCAAUGAUGAGAAUUGUGCCGUCAUGACUAUAUCCAUGGGGUUCUGGCAUGAUUAUAAUUGUGGGUAUGAGCAUAAGUCAAUUUGUAAACGCAGUGGCUCACCACCUGCCAAUGCCACUGUAGCACCAACAGUUUUUCCAAAAGGUGGCUGUCCACAGAACUGGGAAAAACUUGCCUCAAAGUGUUACAGCAUCAUUAAUAGCCAGAAGGACACGUGGGUUGGAGCAAGGACACAAUGCAGAACAAUGGGAGGAAAUCUGGCCUCAAUUCUCUCAAGACAAGUGCAAGUGUUUCUGACUACUAAAUUGGCUGAGGCACCAACCACAGACCUGUGGAUUGGUUUGUCUAGUGCACGUGGCUAUGGAUUUCUCUGGACUGAUGGGCGACCAGUGCAAUACACCAACUGGGGGAAUGAACGCCAAUAUACUUCAAUAAGAAUGGAGGACCAUUUUGGGAGGCGACAUUUUCACGACUAUGGUCGAUACGAUUUUGAGAUGCGACGUUUACAUGACUUCAGGCGAGAAAAUUUAGAGAAAAGAUGUGUUGUGAUGACUACCAAUCCCAAAACUGGUGUAGGGAAAUGGCAAAAAAGCUCCUGCAAUGACACUAAUGGAUAUGUCUGUCUUAAAAAUGUUGACCCAUCCCUCCCAGACUCACCUGAACCAACAACUUCUACCGACUAUGUCAAAAUACUUAAUGAGUCUAUCAAGGUUGUUACUCAACAAAUGAACUGGGAUGAAGCCAAAAAGCACUGCGAAGGUGAUGGUGCCAAACUGGCUAGCCUGCGAAACGAGUGGUCACAGGCCUAUGUUGAGCUGCUGGCUUUGAAUCUCAACGCUCCUCUGUGGAUUGGACUGAACAAAAUGGAGACUGGUGGAUAUUUCCGAUAUAUUGACGGCUGGCGUCUCACCUUAACCAAUUGGGAUAGACGGGAACCAAUGUACCAACCUUGUGUGUUCGUAAAUGUGAAUGGAAAAUGGAAGACUUCUGACUGCGGACAGAAAAUGGCCAGCAUUUGCAUGAAGUCUACAGAUGUGGCACCAACAGAGUCAAGCGAUUUCCCAGGAUAUUGCCCUGAAGAUCCAGAACCACCUAGACACUUUAGCCAGACGAACACCUGGCUACCAUUUAGGCAAUAUUGUUACCUUAUUAUCCAAGAUAGGACUAAGUGGCCAGAUGCAUCUGCUAACUGUGUAAGACAUGGUGGAAAUCUCGCCAGCAUUGAAAAUCCAUCUGAGCAAGAAUUCAUUGAGAGCAAUAUUAAAAUAUUUCAAGACAGCCAAUCCUCGUUCUGGAUCGGCUUGUAUAAGACUCACACAGGAAUUUGGAAGUGGUUGGAUAAAACCACCAUGGACUACACUAACUGGCGUGAAGGUCAACCUGAUGACAACAGUUAUGGUUUGAUUGCAAAUACAAAUGGGCAAUGGUUGACAGGCAACCAUUGGUAUGACAGAGGAUAUGUUUGCAAAACACCAAAAGUGUUACGACAAGUGCCAGAGAUAACUGUUGUAAAUCCUCCGGUGGAUCCUCAAACCCGUGACCACAUCACUGUGGCAGUUGUGCUGGCCAUUACUGUGAUUGCCAUAGGGGCAGUCAUCGCCUUGUUUCUCUUCAAGAAGUCUGGCCUCCGCUUACCUAUUCCUGAAAGGUUAUCUACCUUUGACAACCCACUUUUCUUCAACAAUGAGCGGUCCCAGUCUGAUCUAGUCGACACUAAUAAACUGGUAGCGAAUGCAGAGGAAGAGAACUCUGGGUCUGUUAUAACUGUGUGAUGUAAAUACCAGCAGAAUCUACUAGGGCAUUCAAUGUAUCCUGGGCAGAGGGUUGAUGACAUUUUCAUUUGCACGACCAAGUGAAAUGAGAGUAUCAAUGUAGAUGGCAAUAACUGGCUUUAAUGAACAAAACAAUUUAGACUGUAGGUCUUAUUUUAAAAAAUUUGAAAUUAUGUUUGUUGUAUAUUGUAUGGCAACUAAGAACUGUACUGAUUGAUUGAACAGGGGGAAUCUUAAUGGAUGGAUGGAGAAUUUAUUGAUUGAUUUAAUUAACUGAAUCAUACCAUAUUUUACUUUAAACAACUAUGCUUGCUAGGAUUGUGAAAUGUCUACCAGACAUUUAACAAGGCGGAAAUAUUAAUGUCCCUACAGGACCAUAGUAGGAGUUAACUGCAUUAAAUCGUUCUUGAAGCUACUGUAGAUAACAUUUCAUCGGUCUAAAAAUGUAGGUGACUCCAAAGAUAUGUCUUGCACAUUAGAAUUAAACAAUUGUAUUAAAAAGCAUUGUGAAUAAAUACCUAUGGGCAUUAAGAUUGAA